AUGGGCAAGAAGAGGAAGAGACCCAUCAAGGGUGACCGUGCGCUGGACAGGUUGUCGCAGCCAUGCACCUCUCCAGCAUCCACUUGUUUCAAGGGACUGCGCAGCCUCGCUCGUGAUGAUGCUGCAGAGCACUCGCAUCCAGUCAUCUCAUUAUACUAUUCUCAGGUUGUAACACUGAGACAAUAUCUUCUAUGCCAAAUACCCCUGUCCUCCAAAUCUCGCCGUCGGAGAAUUGUGUCAAUAUGUCAUGAGCCGGCUCCUGCAAAGACAAGUGACGAUGGUGGUUCAGGAGGACUACUUGCCAAUCUUCUUAAUACGACCCUGGUGGGUAUAUUGACCGACUCGCCUCCGACAUGCAACGAAAAACGCCGGCAAGAGCUAGCCGCGUUUACGCAGUCGCAGUCUAAAUCUGAACAAGCCAGCACAGACACCGGACCAUUAUGUGCCCAGGCAGAGCUUGUUGAUUUUGUCAUAUCCUCCCUGUUUAAUCGUGACAGAUUCUCACGUCAAAAGCCCCUUCAUCUAUUAACCCGAGGAUACAGACGCGUGAGCGCGCACCCUGCUCAUUAUGGGAAUAGGACAGUAUCAUGCAGUAUUGCAGGCCUUGAGGUGCAGUUCCCUAAUGACAAUGUCCAGCAACUGAAGCAAGCACCAUGGACAGAAGUGCUUGGAUUAUUGGGGGACAAUGGAGAAGAGAUCAUGCUAAAGCUUCUCCUGGACUGUGGUAUAUUUGUGGCCGUUGAUCAGAAAAGAGGAAUCUAUUUCCAAUUAAGUGGGCUCCCUCUAUCGACCCUUGAACCCGUGAAUAAGGUGCCCCAAAACCAUUUGAUACCAAAGAAUGCACUUCCUCUCUCAGUAACAAGCAAGCCUGUACUGGCCCCUGAUCUCAUUAAAGAGAUUAAAACUGACAAGAGUACUUCUGACCACAAGGCGACUAUACAAAAGCCAGCUCCUAUUGUUUUCCAUCGCCGACGAAUUUUGUAUGCUUCACCAGUGCUCGAUCUGAAAGGAAAGAUUCAGUUUGGAAUGAAAGGAAUGAAAAGCCAUGUUUUGAACCGCUUUUCCUCUUCUACAUCACUCACGCACACUGCUCACGUAUUGAAAUACAUAUUCCCCAAACAAUUCGGCUUGCAUAAUGUCUUCUCGAGCGUGUCGAGUGGCCAAGACAUGCAGUUCAAAGAUUACACUUAUCGCGAAGAUGAGAUUGCAAAAUUAGAGAAAGCAAAGCGAGCCCAUACCUCCCAGAUCACGAUCCCAAGACGACUCCAAGGCAAAGCUAUAGAGUUGGUCCAGCAGCUGCAGAACCGGAAUAAACAUUGCUCAUAUACAUAUUUACUCAAUUACUACUACUACGCGACGCCUGCAGCAUCCGUAUCUGCCUUCUGUAGAGCUGCCUUGAGGAAUCUGAUUCCCCCCCAAUUUUACGGAACUGGUCAGAACAGGAUCCGGCAUCAAGAAAAAAUUCUCAAGCAUGUCGAUCAAUUCGUGCGAAUGCGGCGUUUCGAAAACCUGAGUCUUCAAGAUGUGUGCCAGGGAAUCAAGGUCACUUGUAUACCUUGGCUUGAGCCUACUAGUUCAAGACAAGUAUUCAAUCUCUUGCAGAACAAGCUGUCGAGGUCCGACUUCGAGAAGCGAACAGAGCUACUUCAUGAGUUCGUGUACUAUCUGUUCGACUCCAUUCUAAUACCACUCAUCCGAGCCAACUUUUAUGUCACCGAGACCCAGUCUCAUCGAAACCGUCUGUUCUAUUUCCGGCACGACGUGUGGCGCCAGCUGACUGAAGGACCGAUGGUUGAGCUCAAGGCUAGCGUUUUUGAAGAGCUGGAGCCAGCCAUAGCUCAGCGUAUAGUAGAAAAGAGAUUAGAGAAAAGCGGUAUGGGAUAUGGUUCAUUACGACUAUUACCUAAAUCAACAGGUAUUCGCCCUCUGUUGAAUCUCAAGCGAAGAUCUUUAUUAGCUGGCCAUGGAAAACCCGGCAAGUUCUGGAGCGUCAACUCAGUUGUUGCCCCGAUCCACAGCAUGCUCCAGUAUGAGAAAACACGAGCACCGUCCAAACUAGGCUCAUGUGUGCAGUCGGUGGGGGAGAUACAUUCUCAAUUGAAGAUAUUCAAGAAACACCUAUCACCAAAUCAGGGCUCGAUGCCUCCAUUAUACUUUGUCAAGCUUGAUAUCCAAUCUUGCUUUGACACAAUCCCUCAACAGAGCCUGAUCCAUGUUAUCGAAGGGCUGAUCACCGAAGCAGCCUAUCAUUACACAAAACACGUUGAAAUGACGCCGUCUGAUGAAUUCAACGUCCUGUGGCCAUCGCACGAAGCCCGGCCAAGCAAGGCUAGGCGGCGAUUUGUCGGUAGGGCAGCGCCUGCUGCAAGGCCACAGCACCUGGCAGAGGCGGUGACAAACGGCGAGACCAGCCAGAGGCGAAACACCGUCUUUGUCGACACCCUCAUGCAGAGAGAAUUCAAUGCGGAAGAUUUACUGGACCUCCUUGAUGACCACGUGCGAAACAAUCUCAUCAAGUUCGGGCGGAAUUACUUUCGGCAACGCAAUGGCAUUCCCCAGGGCUCAGUGUUAUCGAGCAUGUUGUGCAACCUUUUCUAUGCAGACAUGGAGCAGCAAGUGCUGGGAUUUCUGCAGUCAGACAAAGCUUUACUGGUUCGCCUAGUUGAUGAUUUUCUACUCGUCACUACCGACUCCUCAUUGGCCAUGCGUUUUCUCCAGGUCAUGAUCCCCGGGCAGCCUGCGUACGGGGUUUCGGUCAAUCCAGCUAAAAGCCUGGUCAACUUCGCCGCCGCUGUGGACGGGAUUCAAAUCCCGCGCCUCGUGGAUACUCGGCUCUUCCCUUACUGCGGAAGUCUGAUCGAUACUCGUUCUUUGGAGAUCUACAAGGAUCAUGAGCGCAUCCUGGAAGGGGGCCAAUCAGUCGCCACCAGUCUCUCGAACUCGCUCACCAUCGAGGUGACGCGAGCACCGGGCCGGACUCUUCACCGCAAACUGCUUGGGUCCUUCAAGCUGCUCAUGCAUCCCAUGUACUUGGAUAGGCAACACAACACGAUCGGAGUGAUCCUAUCGAACCUGUACGCGAACUUCGUCAUAUCGGCGAUGAAGAUGUACCGAUACUUGAAGUCGCUGUCGGGGCGGGUCCACCCAGCGCCCGUGGUGAUUCGAAUCGUUCGAGAUGUGAUACACCUAGCCACCCGCAUGGUCCAAGCCCGACGUGAGGCGAACUUACCACCAGCAGCUAGUCGUCGCGGGGUGCAUCAGUGCGAGGUUGAAUACUUGGCUGCCGCGGCGUUCCGGUUUGUGCUGGGACGCAAGCAAGCCCGGUACGUGCGGGUGUUAGGCUGGCUGGAUGUCAUUCUCAGAGAGAGCCAGCCCAAUUCCAAGACACAGGCCUGGCAGCUAGGGCAGGUGGUGCGAACUGGCAAUGCGACAUAUGGCGGCUGGAAGUUCUAG